AUGGCAUGGCGAGCGAUACGCCUCAAGCCAGCAAUCCUCGAUAUCAUCGCCCGUAUCUCCUCCAGGAUCUAUCUCGGCGACCAACUAUGCCGCAACGAAGCUUGGCUCAAGAUCACUAAGACCUACACCACCAACUUCUACACGGCAUCCACGAACCUACGAAUGUUCCCUCGAUCGAUCCGUCCUCUGGCGCACUGGUUCCUCCCAGAAUGCAAAAAGCUUCGCCAGGAACGUAAAGACGCAAUUGGUAUUAUCACGCCCCUGAUCGAGCGUCGUCGUGAGCUUCGACGAGCCGCGAUCGCAGCUGGUCAGCCUCUACCCGUGUUUCAUGAUGCCAUUGACUGGUCGGAACAGGAGGCAGAAGCUGCAGGCACAGGGGCCGCGUUUGACCCGGUGAUCUUUCAGCUUACGCUAUCCCUUCUUGCAAUCCACACUACGUAUGACCUGCUUCAGCAAACGAUGAUCGACCUAGGUCGUCAUCCUGAGUACAUCGAGCCUUUGAGGCAGGAGGUUGUUCAACUUCUGCGUGAAGAAGGCUGGAAGAAGACAACACUGUUCAAGAUGAAGCUUCUGGACAGUGCAAUCAAGGAAUCUCAGCGUAUGAAGCCUGGGAGCAUUGUUACGAUGCGUCGCUAUGUAACCGAAGACAUCACUCUCUCCAGCGGUCUAACCCUCAAAAAAGGGACACGUCUGAACGUCGACAACAGACGUAUGGAUGAUCCAAAGAUCUACGAAAACCCCGAGGUCUACAAUCCCUAUCGCUUCUACGACAUGCGCUCAGAAGUCGGUAAAGACCACGGGGCACAGCUCGUAUCAACUGGCUCAAACCACAUGGGCUUCGGUCACGGCCAGCACUCGUGCCCAGGGCGUUUCUUCGCUGCGAAUGAGAUUAAAGUAGCGCUGUGCCACAUCUUGGUCAAGUAUGAUUGGAAGUUGUGCCCUGACACAGAGACCAAGCCUGAUACAAGAGGAAUGAUCGCUAAAUCAAGUCCUGUCACAGACAUUCUGAUCAAGCGUCGGGAGUCAGUUGAGUUGGAUUUGGAAGCAAUUUGA